CGAGGAUGGCAGCAACCAGGGCCCUGCCUGCUGGCUUUGGGGAACUCGAGGUGCUGGCUGUGGGGACAGUGCUGUUGAUAGAAGCGCUCUCUGGCCUCAGCCUCAAUGGCCUGACCAUCUUCUCUUUCUGCAAGACUCCAGAUCUACGGACUCCCAACAACCUGCUGGUACUGAGCCUGGCCCUGGCAGACAGUGGGAUCAGCCUGAAUGCCCUUGUUGCAGCUGUAUCCAGCCUCCUCCGGCGCUGGCCAUAUGGUUCAGAAGGCUGCCAGGCUCAUGGUUUCCAGGGUUUUGCAAUGGCUCUCGCAAGCAUCAGUGGUAGUGCAGCCAUCGCCUGGGGUCGCUACCACCACUACUGCACCCGUAGACAGUUGGCAUGGAACACAGCCAUCCCUCUGGUGCUGUUUGUGUGGCUAUCAUCUGCCUUUUGGGCAUCCCUGCCCCUGAUGGGCUGGGGCCACUAUGACUACGAGCCUUUGGGGACAUGUUGUACAUUGGACUAUUCUAGAGGUGACAGAAACGAAAUCAGUUUCCUCUUCACCAUGGCCUUUUUCAACUUCCUGGUACCCCUUUUCAUCACGCUCACUUCGUACCGGCUCAUGGAAAACAAACUCUCCAGGAGUGGUCAUCUUCCGGUGAACACCACUCUGCCAGGCAGGAUGCUGCUGCUGGGCUGGGGCCCCUAUGCCCUCCUGUACCUAUAUGCAACCGUCGCAGAUGUGGGCUUUAUCUCUCCCAAGCUACAGAUGGUGCCUGCCCUCAUUGCCAAAACCAUGCCCACAGUCAAUGCCAUCAACUACGCCUUGCCCAGUGAGAUGAUCUACAGAGGAGUCUGGCAGUGCCUGGCUCCACAGAAGAGCAAGCAGAACUGAACCCAGCAAGAUUCUUCAAGGCGCUGCUCACAGUCAAGCCUACCUCUGCAAGCUUGGGCUGAGUCCCUGGCAGGAAGAUGCCCUAGCACACUUCCCAGCAGCCCCAGAGACAUGCUGCCAUGUCUAUGUCAUGCUUAUCCAGCAGCCUUGAGAAUCCUGUUGAGUCCAGAAUUAGGCUGGAUCCAAGAAUUCAGAUACUAGGUUCAUGGAAAGAGUACUAGUCUCUGCCCUUUCUUUACAGAUGGACAAAGAGGCCCUGGAAACAUAACUCUCUCUGAACUUAGUUAUCUGAAGCCCAGAGCAAAGACAUCAUUAUGAACUAACAAAGAUGCCGUAUGGUUGAACAAGCUAACAUACUCGCCAAGCACAUAAAAUGUUUACUGAAACAGAGCUACUGAAAUAA